UGCGAAGCGGAAGUUCAGGCGGAUCCAACAUGGCGGCGGGACAGAAGUGUUGUGACCAGUGAGCGGUCCUGCAGUAAACACCGAGUUCUGUUCAGUGAGGUCCCGACAGAACCUGUGCACGGGACGAGUUUUUAUUAAUUUUUUUUAAUUGUAAAGCUCCAGGAUGUUUUAAAGUGCUGUGAGAAGCGUGAGUGUCGAAGAGAAGCUUCGGUCCGGCAGCAGGAAGAAGACCGGAGCGUCCGCCUGACUCAUCCUCCGAGCGGCGGCCAUGUCUCUGAACGAGCCCACGUCGGACUCGGCGCCGUUCUUCUCCGAUGACAGCGAGGCGGAGGAGCAGGGCGGGGCGGCGGAGGGUCAGAGGUCGCAGGAGGAGCCGGCCAGCGGAGUGUCGAGUGUCCGAGCGCUGCUGACCGUCCUCAUCCUCUGUUACAUCAACCUGCUCAACUACAUGGACCGGUUCACUGUGGCAGGUGUUCUCCCCGACAUCGAGCAUUACUUCGGGAUCGAUGACGGGAAGUCUGGAUUACUGCAGACAGUGUUUAUCUGCAGCUACAUGUUCCUGGCUCCGGUCUUCGGUUACUUGGGCGACAGGUACAACAGGAAGAUCAUCAUGAGCGUCGGCAUCUCGUUCUGGUCUCUGGUGACUCUCGCCAGCUCCUACACCCCCAGAGAGCGCUUCUGGGUCCUGCUGCUGACUCGAGGUCUGGUCGGAGUCGGCGAGGCCAGUUACUCCACCAUCGCUCCCACCAUCAUCGCCGACCUCUACGUGAAGGGGAAGAGGACCAACAUGCUCUCCAUCUUUUAUUUCGCCAUUCCUGUCGGCAGCGGUCUCGGAUACAUCGUGGGCUCUCAGGUCGGGAGGCUGGCUCAGGACUGGCACUGGGCUCUGCGGGUGACUCCUGGUCUGGGACUGAUCGCGGUGCUGCUGCUGCUGUUUGUGAUCAAGGAGCCUAAAAGAGGAGCUGUGGAGGCUCGACCGGAGCACCACCUGCACCAGACCAGCUGGCUGACGGACCUGCUGGCUCUCAGCAAGAACUACAGCUUCGUGUUGUCCACCUUCGGCUUCACCGCGGUGGCGUUUGUCACCGGCUCUCUGGCUCUUUGGGCUCCAACUUUCCUCUUCAGAGCCGCCAUCUUCACCGGGGAGAGAGAGCCGUGUGUGGAGGGAAACUGCGCCGCUUCAGACAGUCUGAUCUUCGGGGCCAUCACCUGCGUCACAGGCGUUCUGGGCGUGGCCAGCGGCGUGCAGGUGAGUCGGAAGCUGAGGACGAGGACUCCCAGAGCCGACCCGCUGGUGUGUGCAGCCGGUCUCCUCCUCUCAGCACCUUUCCUCUACCUGGCCAUCGUGUUCGCUCAGGCCAGCACCAUCGCCACAUACGUCUUUAUUUUCCUCGGAGAGACGUUCCUCUCCAUGAACUGGGCCAUCGUGGCCGAUAUCCUGCUGUACGUGGUCGUUCCCACUCGUCGCUCCACAGCUGAAGCGUUUCAGAUCGUCAUCUCACAUCUGCUGGGCGACGCAGGAAGUCCGUACCUCAUCGGAGUCGUUUCGGACUCUCUGAGGAAGACGGACUCGUUCCUCUGGCAGUUUCGCUCCCUGCAGCUCUCUCUGCUGCUCUGCUCCUUCGUCGCCGUCAUCGGUGGAGGUUUCUUCCUCGCCACCGCCCUGUUCAUCGAAGCAGACCGCAACCGGGCCGAGAACUACGUCCCAUCAGACGACGAGCCGAUCGUGGUGCCGAAGAGCGGCCGGUCCACCAGAGUCCCGGUGUCCAGCGUCCUGAUCUGAGGCUCAGCAGGUCCAAUCACACCUGUGGUCCUUUUAUUUAAUUUUUAUAGGGCUGCAAACACUUUAAUUGGAUUAUCUGCCAUGCAGAAAAGUUAUAGGAUGGGUUUAUUUUUUAAAUUUAACUUUUAUAUUUUUACCGUGCUCCGGAACACGCCGCCGUUUUGGAGGAACUUUUAGCAUUUGAUGUUAUUUUAGAGCGCGAGGCUGGUUGGAGAGACGAGCGGACACGAAGAAGAGACUCUGUGAGGAGAAACAACCGAAGCUGCUCUGUCGGCUUGUUUUCACACUCGGGAGGAAACGAGUGUGAUGAACUGUCUUAACUUCAGUCGGCACUCGUGGAAACAUGAAGAUCGUCAGCUGAAGACGGGCUGCGCUCCUGAACCUGAAGGGAUUUUACAGACAUACAGCUUUAAUAAUCCGUUUCAUAACCUUCUGUUUGUAAAUGUUUGAACUAGUUUUAAUUAUAACACUAACCUGAAGUCUGUCCCUUUUCAUUCUGUUGAACUCUUAAAGCAUUCCUGCAGGUUUUUAUUUUAAUUUGAAAAGGUUUCUGGAGCGCCGGGACGUUUUUGUUUUUCCUCGCAGGUCUGUUUCAGUUUUAUUCUCCGUCUCAGGUCGCAGCUCAGUCUCGUCUCAGCGAGUCGAGCAGAAAAUAUCCUGAUCAUGUCGGUUAUUUAAAAAGAAAACAAGCUUUUAAAUGAUUGUUAAUGAUCAAAAUUGUUUAACCUCAAGUUAUUUUAGCAGAUCUUUUUUGUGAACUAUUAAACGAGAAUGAACUUGUA